AUGGCGAACCGACGAGGCCAAUCCCCCGCGUCACGCCAACGCUACGGAAUGGAUCCGCACCGGGCCUCAACCGGCUCGCUGCACCGCCCCCCGCCGGAGAACAUGUACUACAGCGGCGCCCCCAUGGCCCCCGCGCCACCCGCCCCCGGCCCGCCCCACGGCCACCACCAGAACAGGCCCUACUCCGGCCCCCACUCGCCCCAGGACAGCACCGAGGAUCUGCACUACGGGUACGGCCCCCCCCACCCGCAGUCGGUGCCGCCCACGCCCGGCUACGCCCCGCCGCAGCCCUCCCCCGGGGGCGGCGUGGCGAACUGGAUGGGCAUGGGCGGCCCCCCGGUGCCUGGCCGGAUGGGCACCGCGCCCGCACCCCCUCCCCAGCACAUGGCCCCCGCCCCCGGGCCCCCGGGCCCGCCGCAGCAGCAAGGGAUGCGCGGCGGAAUGGACCCGCACAUGCACAGCCGCAUGAACAGCCUGGGCCGCCGGAACACGGACAGCGAGAAGCCGCCGCAGCGACCAAACGUGAUCCACCAGCAGCAGCACCACUCCCAGCCGUCCCCGCAUGCGCCGCAGGGCGGAUACGACCACGGGCCGGAUCACUUCGAUUAUCGCGGGCCGCCCCGGCGCGGUGCACAGACGUCCCGGUCCUCGUCUCGCAGCCCGUCGCCGCCCGGGAGGGGCCCGUAUAUCGUGCCGAACCAGAGCGGCGGUGGUCGCCCGCAGUCUACAGCUUACCAUUCUAGCAGCAGCAACUUCUCGGGCGAGAGCUACGACAUGAACUUCCCGAUGGAGAGGCCGAUGGAGAGGCCGAUGGACAGGCAGCAGAGCUAUGUUGUGCCCCACGCGAGUCAGCCCGGGAACGUCAGGGACCGGGAGUAUCACCUUGGCGGGCCUCCGCCUAGCGAGUUUAGGCGGGAGGGAACCGUGUAUCACCCCAACAACCCACGGCCUGUCCUGGGAGAGCAGCAACGCCCGCGCCAGGUUAGGAGGGAGCGGAGCAGGUCGAGGGGGCCGCAUCACGGCUUGGGACUCACGGAUUCUCAGGCGAGUGGCGACGGAUCCGAGGACUUCGAGGAGGUGUACCGCCCAGGUGCAAGGAAGGCGGCAAGUACUACUGACAAGGGAGCUCUGGUGAGGGCCAGGUCGCGGUCUGUGCCGGCGAGUGACUCGCGGGCAAUGAUUCCGCAGCCGCAGCAGCCACGGGCCCGUCCCAGCUCGGAAACGUCAGGGAGCGGCAGCGAUUCAGAGCCAGAGCAGGCUAGCCAGAGCAAUAUCAGGAUUGAGUAUGACGGGCGCACCAUUGACAUCAAUUACAGCGGCAGCACCCGUGGGGGCAAGCCUCCGAUUGGGAACAUCACUAUCAACACCACCUCCCGCUCCCACACGCUGCCAUUGAACUCCCCCAUCAACCAGCGGGCGAUUGCCGCGGCGCCAUCGCGAGGCACCCCACCCCCUACUACCCAAGCUAUCAUGCCGCCCCCUGCGUCAGAGGCACCAGCCCCGGCCCCCGCACCAGCCCCGCCAGCACCUGAAGCAGCACCUGCGCCCCCGGCACCAGCACCAGCACCAGCACCUGCCCCAGCACCACCGGCAGUCAUGAUCCCAGCGCCGCCACAACCAUCCCCAUACACCCUCCCCCACGGCGUCGAGCCCGUGAUCCUCCCGCCGCCGCCAGUCCCGGGCGUUGUUCCCCCAGCCCAGGGAACCAUGAUGCCGAUGCAGGGCGCCAUGAUGCCCAUCCGAAGACAGACUGGAAGCGACGGCGGCUACGACGACCACGACUACCGCGAGCGCGAGCUCUACCGCAUGGAGGCCCUCUCCCUCGACGGGCCCAACUCGCCCUACCGCGACGACCACCGCGGCCGCGACCGCGACAUGGGCGCGCCCAUGGGCGGCCCAGGCCCGCGCCCGCACAGCCGCCGCCGCCGCUCCAUCAGCCGCACCCGCAAGUCCACCGACGGCACCGAGCACCGCUGGACAAAGAUCAGCCGCGACAUUGUCGCGCGCCGCGCCGUCGAGGUCAUCGGCUACGACUUCAAGGAGCAGUCGGACUCGAUCAUGGUCUUCCAGGUGCUCGACGAGGCGCAGAUCGACGAGCUCAUCGAGCUCUCGGGCCGCAUCCGGAACGGCGAGGUCCGCGUCAUCCGCCGCGAGCGAUCGACUACCCGCGGGGCCGACGACGACAAGGAGCACCGCCACCACCGCCGCCGCUCGUCGCAGCAUCGGCACAGCCAUAAGAGCCGCCCGAACUCGAUCCAUGGCUUUCCGAGCCCUGGACCUGGGCCCGGGCCGUCGGCGAAUAGGCCGCCGCCGGGAAAGCCGGCGCUUGUUAGUCCGCCGGCGGUGCCGCCUGCGCCGGAGCCGCCGCAGGUGGAGGCGCCAGCGCCACCGCCGAUGAGGCAGGCGUCGACGGGGGGGAGGAGGCUGCAGGAGAACCCGGAGCAGUCGGGGACGUAUAUUGGCUAUACGAGGAAUCCGCCGAGGAGUACGCAGGGGUCGGGACCGUAUCAGUAUGUUUGA